AUGGCGUUCACAGCGGUGCGGUGCCCGAUGGACAAAGAGAAGAGCGCGUACUGGCCCGACAAUGAGGAGGGGCCGGACGUGGCAAACGACAAUUUCUUUGAUCAGUUCAUCAGCUUUGAUGGUAGCGAACCAGCGGCUUUCAAUAGCGAGUUUCUCGAGGAUCUGCCUAGCCCUUCGAUCCUGCUCGACUCCCUCGACGAUAGGCUGAUGAACUCAUCUUCGCAUGACCAGGAUAUACUGCCUGGGCAGCCUUGUGCCGAGGGGGCGGCGAGGGAUAUACCCAAGAGCACGUCAGCACAGCAAACCGAUCGCGUGCCCACGCUUCUUGGUCCCUCAGAUUCAAUCAUAGGCGGCUCUAUCUCGGACUCGGAGUUGCUUAGUCUGGAAGGCAUUUCCCUGUGCUCGCCCCGGAAAAUUGCCACGGCGCCCUCGAGCCCGCCUUUGAUGCCUUUGUCAUCUUUGAGCCCAAGAAAGCCCAGUCCUUUUGUCGAGUCCGCUUACUCUACUUGCCGGAGGGCAGUCUUUCGCCCAAGGGGCACGCGGUCGAACGGGUCGACGGCCCUCAUGGAUGCGUUUAAGAGGAGCUCGAGACCCAACAGGACCGAGACAAGAGAUAAUUCGGGUCCUCACCUUUAUGCCGCCGACAGACUAGAAGUCAGGGCUGAGCCAGUGGAUAGCAACGGCCUGCCUUUGUCUCCUCCCCUAACCGGCAAGAUACCCAACUCGGCCCCGGGCCAGCCUUCAAGUACCAUGCGGUUCGUCAGGGGACACCUUGACGACCCAUUUACUCGUGACGGCAUGCUGUGUCCUCCCCAUCAGGCCCACGGCCAGAGCACGCCCUUGGACACACCAAUACUGAACGGCGAUGCCUUCGGUCAGAAUUCCAUGCAUACGAUUGACCCGAACGACACGUCGCUCCGUCGGCCGAAGCAACGCAGCACAAGCUCGGCCGAGUGGCCUAUGGAGGGCAUCCUCACCGAUGACUCGCCAUUCUGGACUGUCGGGUCGUACGUCCCGGACAGUGGCAACUUACACAGCCCUGGCCAAUGGUGGGAGGAUACCACUCACAACACCACCAACGGCCACGCCACCCCAACGCAAAACGGCAUGCAUAACACCCAGCAGCAGCAAGACAACCUACCAUACGAAUAUGUAACCGAGCUCUCGGGCCUCAUGAUCCACAUGCCGCAGCCCCGACAACCCCAAGCCGCCGUGCUCUCAACCACCAUGACAGACGGCAUCUCCAGUAUCCCCAGCACUCCUCACUCAUCAUCACAUCCUCAUCAACCCAACCCUCAAGCCCAUCAUCAAAUGCACCCCUCCAACUCCCAACACCACCGUCACACCGACCGACGUCCCCACCCGCGGGCGCCGUCCUCAGGCGCACGUCAUUACGGUAGUAGCCUGACCUCGCCCCGCAAACCCAGCUUACACCAUAGCUCUUCCCGCCCCAUGCUCUUCCACCGCGAAGAAUCCGUCUCCCCGACCCCGACAUCGUCGCGCCGCAGAUCCUUAAGCAUGUCAGUGCGCAAACAGCGGUCGUGGUCAAGACGGGAACAGCCGCGCACGCCCGGGGUUGGCCCCAGUAGUGGCAAUACCAUCAGUUUCGGUAGCAGCGGCGGCGGGGGGAUCUCCCUUGCGGGGGGUGGUGGGGGAGUUGACUUCGUCAAUUUCACACCCAGCGAUAAGAAUUUACUGAUGACGGGCGUAGCGCCCAGCGGGUCGUCCAAGACGAAGGCGAGGAGGGAGAAGGAGGCGAUGGAGCGGAGGAGGAGGCUGAGCGAGGCGGCGUUAAAGGCGGUGCGCGCGGCGGGUGGGGAUGUGGAUAAGUUGGUUGAACAGGGUUUUGUGCUUUGA